AUGCCACCAAGGAGACUUGCAUCUUCCCAAAACAGUCAGGCUAAUGAUGAUAUACCUCAUCCACUUGAGGCUUUGCCCCCUAUGAGUAUUGAAGGGCUUUAUAGAUAUUUAGGGACUUUGGCUGGCUUGGUUGAGCAUCAAGCUAGAGCUACUGGAAGUAAUGGUCAAGGACAAUCCUCAUCUACUAGGGGUAGCUCCUUUGACGAUUUUAAGAAGUUGGGUCUCUCUUACUUUUUUGGUACUUCGGAUCCAACAGAGGCAAAGGCUUGGAUUAUGAAGAUAGAGAAAUUCUUUGAUGUCAUUGACUGUUCUAAGAAGCAAAAAGCCUCUUAUGCAGCAUUUAUGUUAGAUAAAGAGGAAGACCAUUGGUGGCGCAUGACUAAGAGGAUUUUAGAGGAUCAGGGGCCUAUUGUUUGGAGUCAAUUUAGGGUGGCUUUUUAUAAGUACUUUCCUGACAGUGUUCGACGACAAAAGUUGAUUACUACAAAGAAGGAAAAAGCAUUAAAGUUUCAGGAUGGGCUGAAGCCUUAUCUGAAGAAUAAGAUAUCAAUUUUGAAGCUUAGUGUUUAUUCAGAAGUGGUAGACAAAGCCCUUAUUGCAGAGAAGGAUAAUGAAGAGUUUCACCAAUAUAGGGAACAAAAAAGGAAGAGGAAUAGAAAUGAUGGUGCUCAUGGUAAUCAAGCACAGAAAAAGUUUGCUCCAAGUAGAAAUCAGAAUAAAGGAAAAGAAGCACAAAAUUUAGAUGGGAUUUGUCCUACUGGUGGCAAGAAGCAUGGGAAUAGGCCAUGCUACAGAGAGACAGAAGCUUGCUUUGGUUAUGGAAAACAAGGACAUAUGGUUCGGGAUUGUCUAGAGAAUAAGAAGUUUGUAUUUGGGAAGCCUAAGGAGGAGAAUACUGAGGAUAGAUAG